AUGGCCGCCCACAACAAGCAAUUCACGCUCUACAGCGUCACCGCGGGCCCCAACCCGUGGAAAGUCAACAUAAUCCUCGAAGAGCUCAACCUCCCCUACGAGACCGUCUACAUCAGCAUGUUCUCCGGCGAACAUAAAAAGGCGCCCUACCUCGCCAUCAAUCCCAACGGGCGCAUGCCGGCACUGGUCGACCACUCCAACAACGACUUUACCGUCUGGGAGUCCGGCGCCAUCAUCCUCUACCUCGUGAAGAAAUACGACACCGCGCACACCAUCUCGUUCCCCGACCUUGAGAGCGACGCCCUCGCCACACAAUGGCUGAUGUUCCAGAUGUCCGGUCAAGGCCCCUACUUCGGCCAAUACGUCCACUUCGCACACAACCACGCCGAAAAGAUCCCGAGCGCCAUCGCGCGCUACCGCGCCGAGAUCGACCGCAUCCUCGGUGUUCUCGAGGGCGUUCUGCAGGGGAAGGAGUAUCUGGUUGGCGACAAGUACAGCUAUGCCGAUCUGGCGUUUGUGCCGUGGCACUGGGUGCUCGAGUAUUUUGAGGAGCUGCGGGGGUGGAGGGAGGGCUUUCCGGCGGUGGCGGCGUGGCAGGGACGCAUUGCGGAGAGGGCGGCGGUGGUGACGGCGAGGGAGACGAGGGAGGGGGUGUUGGAGAGGAAGAAGUAG